CCAUGGUGCCCUGGGACCAAGAGGACAACACCUUCAAAGGCGGCCCCAGUGCAUCAGAAGAGCUGCAAACCAAAGUGAAGGAGCAGCAGAGCCGGGUGUUAGCACUGGGGACUGUCUUGGAAGAGGACUACUGAGUGGAUAACGAGAGGUCAACCCCACCCAACCUCAACAACUGCAAGCAUGGCUACGGCGAGCACCUCAGGGCAGAGCACCUUUGGGCUGGGGAGGAAAAAGAAGAGUCCUGGACUCAUGGACCAGAUCAGCAAGUUCUUUGGAGGAGACAAAAAGAAAAGGAGCAAGGGGUCCUUCCGGGGUCACCUGGCCGCUUCACCCCAACAAUCCUCCACUCGCCGCCGGACCAAUGAAAAUGCAGUGGUGCAUUUCUUCAGGAGCAUUGUUUCCUCUCCUCGUCCUAAAUCCAGGUGGAGAGACGUAUUGGGCUUGGCCUCGUCGCCGCGUGCCGAGAGCACAAAGUCGCCGGUCAGAAGACGCAGAGACCAAAGCACACUGUCCAGAAUCUUCAACCUGUGACGCUCUCGUCAGAGAUCAGGAGAUACCAAGUCCCGUCCACCCCCUAAACGCUGGAGCACCAUCUUCUAAGCUCUCCGCCGAGGACCAAAGUGCAGAUCCGACGUCGACGGGACAAGAUGAAGGAGGAGGGACAGAUCUGCAAGCGGCAGACUCACAACCUCAAGAAAUGUUAACCCACUAAUACAAACCUCCUGUAUGUUUGACACGGCAUGAAAUCCACUCUCCAGGGAUGCUUUUAAUCCUUCUUCUAAGCAUAUCUCAUCUCAGUCUUUAUUUAGCUGUUUAUAAGAGUCUGGUCAUGCUUGUAGUAAAAUAUCUUAGCGUUUAAAAAACAAAAGAAAUCACCUAUUCAAGUAUCUUGGUCUGAUGGUGCUAUAGUGUCUGCUGUCUGAGGUUUGUUCAUGGCAGAUGUUUGUUUUUCUAUUCGUCUCCUGUCCAUCUGCAUUUUGUAUGAGUGACGCUUUAUGUAUCUCGCUGCUUCCUAGAAACACAGCUGACACACCAAACACACCACUGUUUUUGUUUCACAUGUGAAGUCCAGAUGGAGUGUCAGUCCUGUUUGUGGUUGUUGUUGUUGUUGUUGUUGUUGCUGCUGUGCUCAAGCAAAAACGUAUAUGUUGCAAAGAAAAUGCAUUUGAAAAUACAACUGGAAACCUACAGAGUAUGAGCAGUGUGGACUCUAAUACUGUAUUUUAUUUAACGGUUUUAUUUCAAUAUGCGUCAGUGUGGUUAAUAAAACAUGUACAGUAUGAUUUCUUUCAGAAUAAAUAAAAUGCCCUUUUCAAAUGCACUGUUACAUAUAAAUAAGUAAUACAAGGGAGGGAAAGCAUCCUUAAAACAAUUGGUCUCUCUUUUCAACACAGCAGUUUCUGUUUGUUGUUCGAAUUAGGUGUGAAAUUUUAAUGUUGUGUGCGUUUCAUUCAGAAGACGACAGGGCAAACGUUCGUUUUAUCUGAUGGUCAGAUAGUAAGUUGAUCAAAGGUUUACGGCGAUAGCAGAGACGGUAUGAGGAGUUCAGUACUGAAGGGCAGCACGUUGAUUUCAGGUGUUCUGACGCACGAUUUGACAAUUUUAUUUCAUUCAUGAUAAACUGCGUUGCCAUUCUCAUUUGUACAUAAUCUGUCUGGUUAACGGAAUAGUCAAAUGAACUGCAAAGGUGUUGCUGACGUGCGGUGGUGCUACAGGAGUACGACUGAUGCUUUAGAAAACUGAGUGCUUCCUCUUUAUGUAAAACUCUUAACCUGAAAUAAGCAUGUUAAGUCUUCUGUUAUUAAAUGUUUUAUAAUCUGA